UCUACCGCUCGCAACACUGUUCUGACGUUACAUCUGUCAGCUGCCUGUCGACAAAAUAAAAUAAUUUUUUUCUAAAUAUUUUUCCUUCUGCAUUUUUGCACUAGAAAGGAUUAGACACCGAUUAUGGCUAGUGUGCUACGCUUCGGUGGACGGCGUUUGGUCAACUUAACAGAACAGAGUUUGCUGAACGUUCGGAAAUAUCAGCCGACACUGCAGCAAGCAUGUUUUAUAUCGGGAAAAACGCUGAGAGGUAGUCAGAAAUUGGUGAAGGCCAAACCGUACGACUAUAAGAACAAAGGCUACAACGUUCUCAAUGCACUUUUCGAUAAGACAACCCAUCGCAUGGAUGAAAACUCCAAGAUAAUUCUAGUUGAAGGUCCAUUGGCAGCCGGUAAAACUAAAUUUGCCAAAGAGCUGGCCGAAGAGCUAGACAUGCUGUAUAUGCCAGAGGCCAACAUGGACAUGAUCUUUAUCAAUCCAUACGGCUACGAUAUGCGAAAAUUAGAUCCUCAAAUGCCGGAAAAUGGCAAAAGUUUUGAUGUCCGCAAUUUCUGUCUGACACCGAAUCAUGUAUUGGCUGGCCAACUGCAAAUUCGCAUGUACAUGUUAAGAUAUUCUCAAUACAUUGAUGCAUUGGCGCAUGUGCUGUCCACUGGCCAGGGUGUCGUUCUCGAUCGUUCCGUUUAUUCCGAUUAUGUUUUCGCCGAAGCGAUGUUCAAGUCGAACUACAUAUCGAAGGGCGUCCGAUCGGUCUACUACGACGUAAAGGAAAACUCGAUUUCGCAACUGUUGAAACCGCAUUUGGUCAUUUAUUUGGACGUUCCCGUCGAAACGGUUAAGCAGCGCAUUAAAGAACGCAACAUCGACUACGAGGUCAAUUCCAAGGCCCUCACCGACAAAUAUCUCCAAGACAUCGAUUCGGUGUACAAGCAGAAGUUCUUGAAGGAAGUUAGCAUCGCAUCCGAAUUGCUAGUCUACGACUGGUCGACUGGCGGUGAAACUGAGGUCGUCGUCGAGGAUAUCGAGCGAAUCGACUUUGACCGCUUCGAAAAACACGAUCCGAAAUUGAAGCAGUGGCGUCAGCCAAAAGAGUGGGACUGGUGCGAGCUGCGUAUGACAUACGCAAAUGAAAAGGCGGACCUGAUGAACUUAUUCAAUGUGCCACGAUUCGACGUACCGGAAUUGAUGCGAUCGGGGUCGGAUUCGAAAAUUUGGCAUGAUGUGUGGUUCAAUGCCCCGGGAAUGAAGUACGCUUAUGGCUACAACGAAGACAUGGGAGAUACCGGCCUGAUUAUCAAACGCAAACUGAAGCAUUGGGUUGAGUAGCAGCGGUGUUGAUAAUGUGUUGUUUCAUCAGAUCAGCUUAAAAUGGGUCGAAUAAAAUGUAAAAUAUUA